AUGGAGGGAUCCGCCACCAAAGUUCCGGAAUUGAACGAUUGUGAUGCUGCACAGAUUCGAAAAAGCAGAAUCGUGAGCAGGAUUUACGUUGAGGGAUACGACACUUCGCUUUCUGGCUAUGAUUUCGUUGCGUCUAUGAGAGGACACUUCUCUUCAUGUGGAGAGGUGGUGCAUGUUUAUAUUCCCGGAUACACUGGUUACAUUGAAGGCACUACUCUCAACAGAUUUUCCUUGAUUUAUCUUCGGGGAAAAGGUGCAGAAGAGAAGGCGUUGAAACUUAGUGGAAGUUACAGCAGCGAAGGACACAAGUUAGUCGUUGAGCCUUACCCGUUUCAUGCCAAACACCGUGACCAUAAGUUUGCUCCUACGAGAUACGCAGACAAUAAGAAACGUCACGUGAUUUUUGUUGGUGGAUAUAAAGCUGCGCUUAACUCGGAUUAUAACUUGGAGUAUGUUAAGAGGAUGCUGUUACAAGAACGCUCUAAAUGUGGGCGUGUCUUGGAUAUAGAUCUUCACGAAAUUUGGGAAGGUCGUUCUCUCUCCAGAUACGCUUUCGUUGAAGUUGAGGGAAUAGACGCAAUAGAAAAGUUGCUGCAACUUGAUGGAUGUGAAGUCGAAGGAUUAGAGUGUAUUCAUAGUUAUAGGGUUGCGCCUCCAGUAAAAGAUGUACCGAACUCCGGCAAUUCUUCCAGGACUACUCGGGUAAUGGUUGCUACAGCUUCACUUCCUAAGCCACCGAGUGUGGGUUAUCUUCUCCCUUUUCCAUGGAAGUGUCGUGUGGAUAGGAGUAGGACUGGCUAUUUGUGCAUUUGGAAUUCGGAGACUGGUCGUAUCCACUACGUGAGAGAGAGAUCAAUUUCUUCUUCAGAAAUCAUUUACGCACCUAAGGAUCCAAAUCUCCCUGAGCCGUGGAAAGGACUUGUGGAUGAGAGCAAUCAGUAUUUGUACUUUUGGAAUAAAGAGACUAAUGUUACCCAGUACAAGAGACCUUAA